AUGCAUCGCACAUACUCUAUGCGCCAGUCGCGGCUGCCGACCGCCUCGCAGAUCGAGAACCCCCCACCACCACUGUCCUCAACCAAGACAAACCGAUGGAUGGGUAAAGGUGGUCUUGGCCACGCCUUCCGCAAAAAUGCCGCCGGUGCUUUCGGGCCUGACCUAGCGCGCAAGCUCUCCCAGCUUGUGAAGAUGGAGAAGAACGUCAUGCGCAGCAUGGAGUUGGUCUCUCGGGAGCGCAUGGAAACCGCGCAACAACUCUCCAUCUGGGGCGAGAACUGCGACGAGGACGUUUCGGAUAUCACGGAUAAGCUGGGUGUCUUGCUCUACGAGGUAGGGGAGCUGGAAGACAUGUACGUCGACCGUUACGACCAGUACCGUGUCACCAUUAAGAGCAUCCGCAAUAUCGAGGCCUCUGUCCAGCCUAGCCGUGACCGCAAGCAAAAGAUCACCGAUGAGAUCGCCAAGCUAAAGUACAAGGACCCCAACUCCCCUCGCAUCGUUGUCCUGGAGCAGGAGCUUGUCCGCGCCGAAGCCGAGUCCCUCGUCGCCGAAGCGCAGCUCUCAAACAUCACCCGUGAGAAGCUCAAGGCUGCGUUCCAGUACCAGUUCGAUGCUCUUCGGGAGCACUGCGAGAAGGUUGCCAUUAUUGCCGGUUACGGGAAACACCUUCUCGACCUCAUCGAUGACACUCCCGUCACACCCGGUGAGACCCGCCAAGCGUAUGAUGGCUACGAUGCCAGCAAGGCGAUCAUUCAGGAUUGCGAAGACGCCCUCGCCAACUGGGUUACGUCCAAGGCUUCCGUCAAGUCCAGCCUGUCUCAGCGAUCACGUACGCUCUCUCAGCGCCGUCAUGACAACAUCAACAAGGGUCGUGAAAAUGGAGUCGACCUCUCAAACCAGGACCAGCCCUUGAGGGGUGACCGAGACUCAUGGGUGGGCGCGGAGCAGCACCCUAGCUAUCACCAUGACGACGAGGAAGAGGCCAGCGAUGCCGGUGACAUGCGCGGCCGCGAAGAAGAACGGGAACCUGUCCCCGUCUAA